GCUUGGCUAAGCAGUGUGCUGUUCAGCGCACCUGUAUUAACAGGAGAGAGCGUGUGAGUGUGGACUGAGGUGAUUGUGUAUUUGCCAGAGAUUUUGGCGAGGAGCUCUUGUGAAUGAACAUGACGGUGCGGAUGGGUACCUUGCUGCUGAACGUGCUCCUUGUGCAAGUUCUCUCUCUGACGGUUGGUUACCCUACUGGUGCCCCAUCCUCUGCCUGUGAGGACAUGAUGCCUCGCCAUGGGGUCCAGCCCCAGCCCUCUCCAGCUCCCUACAGCAUCCAGACCAGCAACCGCACUUUUCAGCCCGGACAGCCUGUCACAGUGACCAUCAAUGGCCCAGACUACGCAGGUGUGCUGUUGGAGGCUCGCAUGGAGUCCACUGCCAGUGCCCUGGGGACCUGGCAAUCCCUCCCAACAAACACCCAGUUCCUCCAUUGCUCAGGUAACCAGAAAAGUGCCAUCACCCAUUCCAACACCAAUGUGAAAGACAACUCUACUGUUUACUCUUGGAUGCCCCCUAGUGGGAUCAGCAGUAUCUACUUCAUGGCUACUGUGGCACAGCAGCGCACUGUUUUCUGGUUGAACGUGAAGUCAGACACUCUGACCAAAGGUGUGGGAACCGGAGCGGAUGGUUCGCCUUCGGGUGUGAAUCCUGUGCUCUGGGCUAAGGCAGGGCCACUGUGCAUGGUUCCCAGCCUCAUCUUUACAUUCAUGUGUUCCAGAUAGUUUUACAGGGUUCAGGGAGGUUGUGUUUAACAGAGGUGCAGGGGUCCAGGGGUCACAAAAUAAAAGUCCUGCUAUGUGUUCCUUCCACCCAUGAGCUCACCCAGCUGAUUUCACUAAUUUGCCCUACCUCCUGGACAAACAAUUGGGGUAUUUAGUAAACCCAGUUGGUUGGAACAAAAUACUGGGAAGGAUUUUUACUUUCUGAAGCUGGAUUUACCACCUCUGGUGUUUACGUAACUCUGCAUUAAACACAGAGAUGCACACAGUGCUUGUAGGUGAGAAUGAAAAGAGCAGGAAAUAAUAUUCCAUCCUUAAGCACUCUUAAAUAAUGGCAUGGUGUUUGUAUUUUUAAUCGUGGGCAUGUAGCACAAUUGUAAACAUGAAGUUUGAUUUGUUAUUUAACUUAUUAUUGCUUAAUAUUGCAAAACACUUUUAUGACUAUCCAACAUGUUACAUAAGUGAGCUGCAGUACAGGUUUUAUAGUAUCUGAAAUGUAAAUCAGAAACUGAAUAAAAUUACAAAGAGUAAAACAAAACAAACAUCUGUCAUGCUUUUUAAAAAAUGUAAUGUAGAAUACAACCCCAGUUUCAAAAUUAAACUACACAAAUUACAGCCUUAAUGUCUAAGAAAACGUCCAUGAUAAAUGAAAACAAGUACGCAUCCAUGGCUACUACACGAUUGUACUGGCAGUAAGUAACACCAAGAUUGUGCCCCAAUUUGGGGAUACCAGGAGUCUGUAUCUUUUGUGUUACAGCUGCCACUGGCUUCCCAGAGUUAAAAAACACACACACAGCCUCUACUGCGCACGUUGAGGGCAAAGAGUUAGCUCAUCGAAACAAUGUGAUUUCACUAAUAAAACCUCGUCGGUAAAUUUUCGCCGAUCAAUCUUAUCGUCUAACUAUGGGUGGAGAAUUUCCCAAAAGGAAAUAUAUAUACUUUUUAGGCUUCAGGACGUAAUAUGAAACAGUCUCUUUUUAGUCUGUUCUAAGUGGCCGAAGCCGAGUCGCAGAAUACUCACAGACAAAUUAGACUAAUAAGAAUGUGCACGUGAUGCUAUUUCAGCCUAUAUAGACCACGUUUUUUGUUUUAAGUGGAAGCUCACUUGCUUGUUCUAUCUCGAUGUUGUUAACUAAUAAAGAAAAAAAUUGAACUAUUGCUUUUACAUCUGUAUAAUCGGUGUGGGAAACUCAUUGGCUGAAAUAUGUGAAACAAUGGUUGUUUCGGUCCAAAUGUGUUGGGAAAAUAUUGAUAAUUUUUUAAAACAUAUUUUAUUAAAUAUGACAUACUUCACAAUCUACUUUUCAUCUUAAACGUAACGAUCGUCAAUAGAGUAGCAACCAUUGGGGAAGAUUUGUUUUGCAUUAAAAAGUUAGAUAUUCCCCUUUCACGUUAAUGGGAGAUCCAACCAUUUUCCCUAAACAAGCGCAGUACAGGCUUACAUCCGGGCUUCACAAGUUGUGGGUCUGCUGAAAGCGUGCUUUCCUGUCUUGUUAAAUGCACGCAUUUAAUGCAAAGGUAUGCAUGCCUCUUACCCUCUCCAGACAUUGACUGUCUCCAGAUCAUAUGUACGCUCUGUGGCUCUACGGGAUCCGAAUGGAGGCGCCUUUUUACAUUAGGUUAGCCGUGCAGCAUAAGUCAUAUAUACACCGAUUUAAAAUAAGUCAGUUUUGAGAUACGGAAAACCCAGGGUUAAAGUUUGGGUUAGGUCGCUAACCCCGUAAUCUCACUUGGUAGUACACCACCUGGACUGCGUGUUGUUUUUCCCCAACCAAUUAGCUACUUUAGUUUUAGUUUUCUGACUGCUCAAUAAACUGCGAUGCCCCACUCCUGUACUUGAGCACAGUAACGUUAAAACAUUGAGGGUAAAUCUGUGGCGGUAGCUGCUGCUUAUACAAAUGUCAGAUUAAGAUAAUACAUGAUUGAGCGAAUUAAAUAAUCAAGAGCAGAAGCUCAAAAUCCUUAACAGCCACGUUCCGACAACCCACUAAUCUUUAUAUGAAAUAACUUCACGUUUCGACAACCUUAACGUCUUCAUAUAUAAAACAAAUGAACAAAGGUUACAGUACUAUCUCACAUGAUAAAGUUCUCUUUAAACUGUAGAUUAGAUUUUGGGUUUGUUUUGGGUUUCUCCCUUGUUUACAUACGUCACCACGCUUCUUUUUUUUGUAAUAACGUUUAUUGACGCGUACUGUUUAUCCGAUUCUGAUUGGUUGCUAAGGAGUUUGAAAAUUCUAGUGACCCCGCCUCUUAUCAACGGCAUCGUAGCUCAACACUGAUUGGUUUGGUCUUUGUGGCUCUAAACCAAUUGUGUGAUGUCUCAGCUUCGACACACUUUUUCAGAUUUCAAAUCGCCCUAAUGCAAGUAUUUAAUAGGUGCUUUGUGGUAUGUAGUAGGAUUUUGUAUAAAACCUUGAAAAAAGAAAAAAAUCAGGUCAAUUGUAAAAG